CGGCUGCUGAAGAUUCAGACUGUUGAAGUUUUGGAUCUGUGAGCAGAAGACUGUGUUGAUCAGCAUUAUCCUGAAGAAAAUAAACUGGCAUGUAGGAUGUGUCACCGCGUCACGCUGCUAAUGACUGCCGUAUCCUGUGUGCUGAUUGGUUGUGGAAACUGUCAGUCAAACUCAUCCAAUGACUUCCAGCUCUAUAUCUCUGGUCACCAUGGCAACCCUGAACCUUCAGGGUCAGGUGUCGUGACCCCUGACCCCAGAGCUGCCCGUCAAGUCGCCCGUCUGUUAGGGAACAGGUCGGUGCGAGCCCGGCCGCUGUCUUUGCCCCCCGCGUGUCUGAGGAGGACGUACAUCGAGGGUUUGUUUAAAUACGUCAACACGGUUCUGUCCUGCUUGAUCUUUGUGGUCGGGAUGGUUGGGAACACGACACUUUUGAGAAUCAUUUACCUGAACAAAACUAUGAGGAACGGGCCGAACGCGCUGAUCGCCAGUCUUGCACUGGGAGACCUCAUAUACAUCGCCAUUGACAAACCCAUCAAUGUCUACAAGUUGUUGGCGAUGCGAUGGCCGUUUGAUGACAGCGUGUUCGGACUCUUCCUGUGUAAACUGAUGCCGUUUCUACAGAAAGCUUCCGUCGGAAUAACAGUUCUCAAUCUGUGUGUGCUCAGUGUGGACAGGUAUCGCGCUGUAGCGUCUUGGAGUCGUGUGCAGGGUGUUGGUAUUCCAGCGUCCACAGCCGUAGGGAUCGUGUGCAUCUGGGCGCUGGCUGUAGUUUUGGCUGUUCCAGAAGCCAUCGGCUUCAAAAUGGUCAGUUUUGACUACAACAACGUCACGAUACGAACCUGCAUGCUGAAACCAGAGACGCCAUUCAUGACGUUCUACAGGGAUGUGAAGGUCUGGUGGUUGUUCGGAUUUUAUUUCUGUGUUCCUCUGGUGUGCACGGCUGUCUUUUAUACUCUCAUGACCUGUGAGAUGCUGAGCAACAGGAAAGGCAGUCUGAAAUACUCUCUGAGUGAACAUCUCAAACAGAGGCGUGAGGUGGCGAAGGCCGUGUUUUCUCUAGUGUUGAUCUUUGCUCUCUGCUGGUUCCCGCUGCAUCUGAGUCGCAUCCUGAAGAAGAUGGUUUACUUUCAGAAUGACGUCGGCCGCUGUGACCUGCUCAAUUUCCUGUUAGUGUUUGAUUACUUGAGUAUCAAUCUGGCGACCGUGAACUCCUGCAUCAAUCCUAUAAUCCUGUACUGCGUCAGCAAGAAAUUCAAGAACUGCUUCAGGUCAUGUCUGUGUUGUUGUUGGUAUCCUUUGAACGGCCCCAGAAUCCAGUACAAGAGCCCUGAUCUACACAACGGCCUAUCUGACCAGACAGCACUGCGCAAGGACAGCUACAACUGACCCAUCUCUCUCUCACACACACACAGACACACACACACACACACACACACACACACACACACACACACACACAUACACACACACACACACACACACACACACACACACAGACACACACACAUACACACAUACACACAGACACACACACAUACACACAUACACACACACACACACACACACACACACACACACACACACACACACACACACACACACACACACACACACACACACACUGAACACACACACACACUGAACACACACACACACACACACACACACACAUACACACACACACACACACACACACACUGAACACACA